CCGCGCUUUUGCUGAAGCCAUGCCUCUCGAUAGUCGAUAAAGGUAAUUAAAAGCUUGAAAGGCUGAGACAUGGGAUCAUCUCAGAGUUCACUCAACUUCUCAGAGAAGCCAGUGGAUGCUCACCAGCCAGCAGCCAUGGACGUGGAGCGGCUGCGCGCCGAUCUGAAGGAGGCCGGUCAGGAGCACCUGCUGCAGUUCUGGCCGAGCCUGGAGCCCGAGCAGCGCCAGGCCCUCUAUGAGGACAUUACGAGCAUGGACCUGCAGGAGGUGAACGCCUUCUACCGGCGCACGCUGGACGAGGCCGAAGACCAGGAGAAGCUGGACGACAGGCUGAAGCCGGUGCCGGCAGAGGUGUUCGGCUCGGUGGUCCGCUCCUCCGCGGAGCAACUGGAGGCCUACCGGUGCACAGGUCUGGAGGCGGUCUCGCGCGGCGAGGUGGGCGUGCUGCUGCUGGCCGGCGGUCAGGGCACCCGACUGGGCGUCAGCUACCCCAAGGGCAUGUACAACGUGGGCCUGCCGUCGUCCAAGACACUGUACCAGCUGCAGUCGGAGGGGGUGCGCCGGCUGCAGCAGCUGGCCGGCGAGGUGACGGGCCGAGCCGGAGGCACCGUCACCUGGUACGUCAUGACCAGCGAGAGCACCAAGGAGCCCACCGUGCGCUUCUUCGAGCAGCAUGACUACUUCGGACUCCGCGCCGACGACCUGGUGUUCUUCGAGCAGGGCACGCUGCCCUGCUUCGGCUUCGACGGAAAGAUCAUCUUGGAGAGCCCGAGCCGGGUGGCGCGCGCGCCGGACGGUAACGGCGGCCUGUACCGGGCGCUCGAGCGCGAGAACAUGCUACAGGACAUGGAGCGGCGCGGCGUCAAGUACCUGCACGUGUACUGCGUGGACAACAUCCUGGUCAAAAUGGCCGACCCUGUCUUCAUGGGCUACUGCAUCUCGCGCGGCGCCGACUGCGGAGCAAAGGUGGUGGAGAAGGCCUUCCCGACGGAGGCGGUGGGCGUGGUCUGCCAGGUGGACGACCACUACCAGGUGGUGGAGUACUCGGAGAUCACGCUGAAGACGGCGCAGAAGCGCAGCGCCGAUGGCCGGCUCGCCUUCUCGGCCGGCUCCAUCUGUAACCACUUCUUCACCCUCGACUUUCUGAAAUACGUGGUCAGUGAGCACGAGAGUGAGCUGCUGCACCACGUUGCCAAGAAGAAGAUUCCGCACGUGGACAGCGAUGGACAGACGCAGAAGCCCGACAAACCCAACGGCAUCAAACUGGAGAAAUUCGUCUUCGACGUCUUCCAGUUCUCCAAGAAUUUCGCCGUGUGGGAGGUGCUGCGCGAGGACGAGUUCUCGCCGCUGAAGAACGCCGACGGCGCCGAGAAAGACACGCCGACCACGGCGCGGCUGGCGCUCUGCUCGCUCCACCAGCGCUACGUGCUCGCCGCCGGCGGACAGUUCGUCGACGACGACGGCAGGCCCAUUCCGCUCAUACCCAGCCCCGCCACCGGCAAACCAGAGGAGGCCAACAACAACAAGGGCCAGCAGGCCUGGGUGCGCUGGGAGGACCCGGUGAUCUGCGAGAUCUCGCCGCUGGUCUCGUACGCCGGCGAGGGUCUGGAGCCGCUGGUGGCCGGCCGCCGGUUCGUGCCACCGCUGCUGCUCAACGGGCCGGCCGGCGGACAGGGCGACCAGCCCGCCGAGAACGGACACUAGUCGGCGGACAGGGCGACCAGCCCGCCGAGAACGGACACUAGCCGGCGGACAGGGAGACCAGCCCGCAGAGAACGGACACUAGCCGGCGGACAGGGUGACCAGCCCGCCGAGAACGGACACUAACCGGCGGACAGGGCGACCAGCAGAGAACGGACACUAGCCGGCGGACAGGGCGACCAGCCCACCGAGAACGGACACUAGCUGGCGGACAGGGCGACCAGCCCGCAGAGAACGGACACUAACCGGCGAGAGGACGGCCUCUGAGCCGGUAAUAGCGGCCGCUGAGCCACCGAGCCGGCCUCUGAGCCACGGAGCCGGCCUCUGAGCCGCCACCCGCCGUCCGGCUCAGCGGGCCCUCACCGGGCAGUGUUCCGAGGUCGUUGGCGGCUUGAGUGCAGGCUUGACGUCACGUGGAUGUGUGCUGUGUGACGUCCAGCGAAAUCCAGCAGCAUCAGAAGGCCGAUAGUACAAACUGGUGGAGAGCGAAGGAGGGCAUUACUAGCUGCCUACGGGGGACGUGAUGGCUUCAUUUUGAUUGGAUCAUUUUGGUCAAAGUGUUUCUUGAAAAAGCACACCUGACUGCCCAGAAGCAUACGAAUCGAACAAGAAACUAGCGAAUCAGUUUGUGUGUUGAUUGGAUACACUGUAAGCUGGUAUCUGAUUGGCCGGUGGGGUGUUUUCCACUCCGUGAUUGGCCAGUUUUCCGCGGACCAGUGUGUGAUUUUUCACCGGCAGUGCCAUUAGUGUCCAUCCGCGGCCUCGAGCUGUCCCCAUCACCGACCACUGUGCGUGCACCGGCGCGGCGCGCGCUCACGUUCAGUCGAAUUAUUCGUUCCGUGCUGCGCUGUCGGGUGCAGUUCGCCAUCACACAUCAUCGUGCGCGCGGUGGAUGUAGCCUGUAGACGACAGCACGCGCCAGUCUGAGUUUCUGCAGCUGUGUCUGUCCCUGCCGUGGUGAACUGACUGCCCGGUGACGGCUGGUGUCGCCCGUCCUGGCCGUCCGGAGCCCGCCAGUGGCACGGGACGCCCGCCUCUCGCCAGUGACGGCGGUACGUCCUGCGACCGCCCGUCACCGGGCGCCAACUGGUCCCUACGGUGACGUCACAAAAGCUGCCAUAUCGUCCGCGAGUGGACCAGACCGUGUCAGUACGCCGCUUAGCUUUGUGAUAUGUUCGUCUCUGAAUGCUAUGAUCAAUUCUAACCUGCGGAUGAUGAUUUUCAAAACGGCUUAGUGUAUGUGAAUGUUUAAUGCAGAUUUGCAUGCAAAAUGAUGCUUUGUGUGCAUAUUGUGUAGCUCACGAUCGGAUUGGAAAACGGCCUUGUUUCGUGUGCAGCAUUCGUGUUUUUGUGUUUGAGUCGUUCGUGGGGGAUUUAGUCGUCAUUUGUCAGAACGUGCGAUAUGAAUGUGCCUGUCAGUGGACUGGAGAGUGAAAAAUGAGUUACCUGCUAACGGGCAUUAACUUGGAAAACAUUUUUAUUCAUUUCCUAGGAACUGGAUGCUCUUUCUGUAGAUUAUGCCUCAACAUUUGGCAGUUAUUCCAAAUGCACCAUUGAAUGAUGUUGUAAAGGUACUUACAAUCGGAAUUUAAGGUACUCGAUAUGACCCCUGAUGGGCUGUUAGCAUUUUUCUCGUCUCGGUCCUUCGCGCGUGAACGACGUUUAGCGGGCAUUCUCAAUUCAAAUCUGUACCUAUCCCUUAUUAUUAUCCUUAACCCUAUUAGUGGCAGGGGGGGUUGUUUUUAUCCACCCCUCAGGUUUUUCGGGAAUAUCUCCGAAACCGCUGAAGCUACGAUGCUGAAAUUUUCUGACUUUUCCUAAAACUAAAUUGGGCACAUUCCCUGAAAAUUUCAAGUUCAUAACUUUACCAGGGGCGGCUCCAGAGCACUGGGAAUUGGGGGUCCUAUUCGUGAAGCGAGUCAUUUGGGCGAAGAUCACGAUGCUGCACCAGUUUUACGAACAGUGAAUGAAAGGUAUCAUGUGAUAACAUAUACAAAAUUAAUGUGCAUCCUCUUUUGACACGUUUUUGCUAUAAUAGGCGGAUCCAGGCGUCCAAAAAGGGGGGUUAUUUUUUACCUCCCAACAUAGGUGCCCUGACACCGCCUAUGCAUGACCAAUACAAUUUUAGUCGUUCUCUCAUAAGAAAAUUGUAACAUAACAAGACCAUUGCCACCCUUUUUAGAAACAGUACCAACAAAAACCUUAUUUACUAUACUUUUUGUGUACCCCCAAUCUCAAUGAUCUGUAUCCGCCUAUGAUUUUUGAAAAUGCAUAUUUUUAGGAUCCAUGUGAAUUCCUGGUUCAUUCUCUAUCGAUCGGCAAAAGUUGCGUUAAGAUUGGUUCAGAAACCUGGCCGUGAUAAACAGUCUAAAAUGUAUCUGCAAUUUGCCCGUUUUUACCCCCCUCUACCCCCCUAUUGACAUUUUUUGAUUUGAUUUUUUUUUAGAAAUGUAGAUCUCGUUGAGCCCAAUCGAAUGCCGUUUGAAUUUUGAAAAUCGGCCGGUUAGAUCUCGAGAUAUCAAGGGGGGGGUCGUAAACAGCCCCCCCCCCCCUGCCACUAAUAUGGGGUAGCCAGGAGCCUGCCACUAAUAGGGUUAAUCGCAACAAAGUGUUUGUGCUGGGACAUGAUGUUGGGUAUUCUGUCAACGAAGAAAAUGUUUAAGUAAAACCUUUCCAAGUUCGUCAACAUUCUGUAUGACCGGCAUAGCUAAUCUACGCAUCUGUUUAAAAUAUCACCGGACACAUACAAGAUUGCUUAUAAUUAUUGGUAUACUGCCGCUUGUGUGCAAAGGCCGUUUCGUUUUUCCCGACUUAAGUUAUGCACAGGUGCUGCUUGAUGGUGUUUUUAAUGUGCUAGUGCCGGUCUGGAUGUGUCGUGCAAAUCGUCUUUUAAUGUGCGCUGUAACCAUCCACAUUGGUGUGUGAAAGUACAGAGUCAGCUCUGGGAACCGGCUGAUAGGUAUCUUGAUUUCCAAACAGCUAACCACAGUGUGUCAUAUUCUUUGCCCGUUGCCGUUUGGUAUGUAGGAUAAGCUGAGUCUGACACUUCCUCGUUCUCGAUGAUGGCAUUAUGGUGCGUAGCAUUGCACAUUAUAUGUGCUUAAUAAAUCCUUCCUACUGCCUUCGCCUGAGUACAUCGAGACAUUGUAAACGUUUUUCAUAAUUAUUGGUGACUGUUCUGUUACUAGCUAAGUCCUGCCUCUGCUUAUAUUUACAGUUGUUUUGCACACCUACCGCCUACCGGAUGUGGUCAUGUUAGUUGCAGCGUUGAUUUGAUUCAAGACUAUUCCCUGAUAAUCUGUGUUCGGCUCGAACUACAUGACAACACACUCGGUCCAUCACAUCCA